ACUCAGGAGCCCCCAGCGGAUGGGAGAGGGGGCGGGGCCGUGAGUCACCCCGCGGGAAAAGGGGGCUCCGCGCCUAUUAGAACUCCAAGCCCCAGCCUCGCGCUGCGGCUCCUGGCCGGACGACGCAGACUCCACUUCCGCAUCAGCACCAGCACCAGCAUCAGCGACAGAGCCUUUGGAUGCGCAGCCGCCCAGGUAGGGUCUUCUCCAGCCUUUUCCUGGCAUCCUUCCCUCGGCCUCAAGGUAGACAGCAUGAAAGAGGACGUGGUCCCCAACACCACCUACGAUGAGCAGCUGGGCUGGUUUGUGCCCGACAACCGCAGCGGGUCCUUGUACCUCUCUGAGUCGCCGCCUCUUCCCUUGAACCCCUGGGAUGUGGUGCUUUGUGUUUCUGGGACCAUCAUCUCCUGCGAGAAUGCCAUUGUGGUGGCCAUCAUCUUCUACACGCCUGCCUUCCGGACGCCGAUGUUCCUGCUGAUUGGGAGCCUGGCCACGGCGGACCUCUUGGCUGGCUUGGGUCUGAUAUUCCACUUUGCCUUUGUGUACUGCAUCCAGUCCCAGGUGGUGAACCUGCUCACCGUGGGCCUCCUGGUCUGCUCCUUCACAGCCAGCGUGGGCAGCCUCCUCGCCAUCACCAUUGACCGCUACCUGUCCCUCUACAACGCACUGACCUACUACUCCGAGCGGACCGUCACCCGGACAUACAUCAUGCUCCUCCUCACCUGGGGGGUCUCCAUCUGCUUCGGGGUCUUGCCCGUCCUGGGGUGGAACUGCCUGGAGGACCAAGCCAGCUGCAGCAUCGUCACGCCCUUGACCAAGAACAACCUCAUCAUCCUCUCCAUUUCCUUCUUCAUGAUCUUUGCCAUGAUGCUGCAGCUCUACGUGCAGAUCUGCAAGAUCGUCUGUCGGCAUGCCCAGCAGAUCGCCCUCCAGAGACACUUCCUGGCCACCUCGCACUACGUCACCACCAGGAAAGGCAUCUCCACGCUGGCCGUCAUCCUGGGGACCUUUGCCUCCUGCUGGUUGCCCUUCGCCAUUUAUUGCCUCCUCGGAGACUACACCUACCCGGCCCUCUACACCUAUGUGACUGUGCUCCCCGCUACUUACAACUCGAUGAUCAACCCUGUGAUAUAUGCUUUCAGGAAUCAAGAAAUCCAGAAGGUCUUAUGGACUAUCUGUUGCAGCUGCAUCUCUCCGACCAUGCCUUUCCGAUCCAGAUCUCCGAGCGAUGUCUGAAUCUUCCCCCAGUUCUGCCCAAAGACCUGUGUCGCAAAAAACGUAUUCCUUUCUAAUUUGCACAGUCCCCUGGAAAUUUUGAUGAGCCCCUUUUCUCAUUUCUUCUUCUCUUCAUUGUGAGUGAUGUCCCUGUUAUAUGUUGGUUCUUCAUUUUCUUUUCCACUUCCAGAAUCAAAACAUACAUUUUCUUUUUCAUGUUGUUGAAGGCUUUCAUGGCCAGAAUCACCGAGUUGUUGUGAGUAUUCCAGGCUGUCUGGCCAUAUUCCAGAAGCAUUCUCUCCUGACGUUUCGCCCACAUCUAUGGCAGGCAUCCUCAGAGGUUGUGAGGUCUGUUGGAAACUAGGAAAAUGGGGUUUAUAUAUCUGUGAAAUGUCCAUAACAAUCACCAUGUCAGACAACACAAAAAUCCACAAGCACCUGGACAAUUUCAACAGAAAGGAGAAAACCAUAAAAAUGAACAAAAUCUGUCUCCCAGUAUUUGAAAACUCCAAAAUAAGGAGAGUUAAUAAAGAGCAACACUCAGUACACAAAGGAAUUCCAGGAAGGAAACAAUCAGGGCCAGCUAAGGUAAUGAUAAAGGUUUUUCCCUGACAUUAAGUCCAGUCGUGUCCAACUCUGGGGGUUGGUGCUCAUCUCCAUUUGUAAGCUGAAGAGCUGGCGUUGUCCAUAGAUGCCUCCUAGGUUAUGUGGCCAGCAUGACUGUACGGAGAGCCGUUACUUUCCCACAGAAGCGGUACCUCUUGAUCUACUCACAUUUGCAUUUUUUCGAACUGCUAGAUUGCCAGAAGCUGGGGCUAACAGUUGAAGCUCACUCCACCCUCCAGAUUUGAACUACCAAACUUUCAGUCAGCAAUUUCAGUAGCUCAGUGGUUUAACCCACUGUGCCACCGGGUGCUCCGGGCCAGCUAAUCACCUCCCAACAAAGGAUUCCCCCAAACAGGAAGCAGCCAAGCUGCAAGGCUAUUCAAUGCUAAUCAAGCUGGCCAAUGGCAACUUUCAAACUUGCCUUCAAUAGACAAGAGCUCUUUCUCCCACCCUGGACAUUAUUCCACAGAUAUAUAAACCCUACUUGCCUAGUUUCCAACAG